ACAUGAAAAUGUUGGUCUUGUUAGUGACGAUCACUUGAUUUACAGAAUAAGGUAUAACGGGAAAGUUGCAUGGGAACCACUACUUUCGACAAAGGUUGAUUGCAGUGUAGAUGCGACUUACUUCCCUUUCGAUAAUCAGGAAUGUUCUAUAGAGGUUACAAGCUGGGGCCUACCGGACAAGGAAAUGAAGCUUGAACUACUUUGGGAUGAUGUUUUAAUGAAUGAGCUAAGAGAGAGCGGAACUUGGGCAAUUAUAAGUUCCAGUGCGAAGUCUUCUACUGUAACAGAAGAUGUGCAAGGUGUUGUUGAAAGUUUUUCGAAGAUCGUGUUUACAAUAAAGAUGAGCCGUAAGCCUGGCAAUUACAUCUUUACAACACUGUUUCCAAUCAUUCUCUCAUCCUUCCUCAUGACUGUUACUAACUUGAUACCACUGAAGACUGGAGAAAGGGUCGUGUCAGGAUUUCUCGUUCUGGUCAUUAACUCGAUUCUUCUCACCAUUUUCAUACAGCAGAUUCCAAACAUAGCAACAACAACUGCUAUCCUUGGUAUAUAUUUGAUUGGAAAUUUAUGCAUCGACUUCUUCCGCAUGUUUAUAACAGUAGCAAUGGCCAAAAUGCAUCAUAAGUCAGAGAAGUACACGGCUGUUGGCGAGAAGGUGACUAAAAUAGCAUUGAUUGUGAAACGAAUGAUGUGUUUUAAAGAUAAGCCUGUUGAGUCGGACAGACUGUCUUUGUUAAGCAUACCAACGGACGAUCUCAAGAAGAUCUCAAAGACACUCUCCCCAAAGAAAAAUAUGGUGGCACCAGAUGAUGCUAACACAAACUUUACAGAAACUGUUAAGGUGAAGGAAUCCGCUUUGCCCGUUCUUAGUUCAAGAUACGAAGUGGAUCUACGGACCGUUAGAGCCCGGCAAGUUGAGAAAAUGGAAGAAAAGAUGGUAGACGAUAACUAUUUAACCAACAAUUUUGACGACACUAAACUUACUUGGGAUGCAGUAGCAACAAUAUUUGAUCGACUUUGGUUUAUAAUGUUUCUAAUAACGAAAAUUAUGUUCAACGCUGUUUUGAUUGGUAAUUUGUUUUAUGAGACACAAUGAGAUAAAAGCGGACAGAUAUAAUCGUUUAAAGUGCUUGCAUCGCAUAUGAUUAGCAGACCUUGAUGUCGGUUUUCAAACACAACUUUUUCACUCAGAAGUGUUUUGCCUUUCGAAUAAAAACAAAAUCUGUCGAAAUUUACAUGUAACCAGUGAUAACAGUCAAUGUUCAAUGAUUGCGGUCAUCAUAAUUGAUAGUAGAACCUGCUUUGUGACGUUUUUGCGCAAGCGCAUACAGAAUAUCCGGGGUACCUAUCUAAACCGUCCCGUACUAAGUAAUCAUUAUUCUUUUUAUUUCUGUUUUUGGUAUGGUAUAUCGUUAAUCGUGUUUAUAAGCUGGUGUUAUGUUUUGUGCUGAUAUAUACGCUUGAUCUCUAUAUGUUAGAAUUUUGGUUUUACUGUUUUUCAUGUACAAAAGAAUUGACGCCAGCAUGUAUCUAUUUUCAAUAAAGCAUCAUAUAUACCAAUGUUGGUAGUUUUUGGUAUUUCCUAGUGUUGCAUGUAAUCUUAUUAAUUUUCAGUUUACUAAAUUACAAUAUGAGUUGGAUGCUAUUAUUUUAUUUUAGUAUAAUUGUCUUACAUAUGUAGAAGAAAAAUCCUCGAAGCUUAUGAUAACCCCGCUGAAGUCACAGAAGAUCUUAGGACAAAGACGAGGAAGCUUGUCACAAAGACAAUCGGUACAUUGUGAUACUCGCUGUGAGAUUCGAUAAAAAAGUUUUUAAGCAAGGCUCGUCGAAAAUAUAUGUAUAGAUAACAAAACCCGCAUGAGUUAGGAUAUAUGUAACACGGAACAGUUUGAACUUGUUUUUCAUAUGAUCAAUAAUCAUUAUACCACAAUUGUCAACGUGUAAGGUUUAUUUCAGCCUAUCAAAGGAAAAGCCAGAUCUCAUCGUAAAAAUCGUACGAUACUUGGAACAAUAACCGCGAGUUCCGCAGCAAAUAUGUUAUGUUACCCAGUAUGAUCUA